GGAUCGGUGAGACGCAGGCGCUUUCUGAGGCCGCCCCCGAUGCCCGUGCGGAGAAGCUAUUUUGGCCCAUUGUUCUGCAGUCCAACCACCAGGGGCUUCCACAUGCCACCGCGCGAGUGGUCGCUAGCCGCUGGUCCUGCCGCCUCGCUGCGAUGUACGACAGCCAGGCGGAGUGGCGGCGCCUUGGGCGCGGCAGGCGCGACAAGUCCGCCGGCGCCGCAGCCAUGCACCACAGUUGCGAGGGUUGGCGGCUUCCUGAGCACCUCAGGCGCGACAAGGCCGGGGCCGUCUCGGCAAUGAGCGACAGCUGGGAGGGGUGGCGACCUCGUGGGCACGGCAAACGCGACAAGUCCGUCGGCGUCGCGGCUGUGCACGAGAGGCAGGCGGACUGGGGGCUCGAGCACAGCAGACGCGACAAGUCCGCCGGCGUCUCGGCGAGGGACGACAGCCUGGCGGACUGUGGGCUCUCAGAGCACGGCAUGCGCAGUAAGACCGCCGUUGCGGCGAAGCGGCCAGCGGACCGUGCGCGGUGUGCCCUCGUAGCCGCGGCAGCCGCACAGCGGCCUGGCAACAGGCAACAGACCGCCCAGAUGCCCCUGUGUCAGAUGCACCCAGCAGCCACCACCAGUGAGGACGUGCGCAAGGGAGCGGCCGACCUGAAGAAGCCAGCGGGAGAGAAGCCCGCAGUGCGGCUGCCGGCGUCGGAGAUGGACAUGCCCAAGGGAGCGGCUGACAAGGAGAAGCCAGCGGGAGAGAAGCCCGCAGUGCGCUUGCCGGCGUCCGUGCUGGCCGUGCCCAAGGUCGAGAACAAAAACAACAAGCAAACGCCCAGAAUUUCGCACGCAGUGCCUUGGGUUGGCGCUGCACCCCCCUUUCCCCGCACCCAGGGGCGGGCGGCGCCCCCGGCGCGCCCCGCGCGCCAGGAAAAAGGGUGUCGGCAGUGGGGGCUCACAACGGACCGAAGAAGUCCGUGA